UCUGUAUUUCAAUAUUGUUGACACUUCUGCAACUGAGAAUAUUUUUGAUUGACUAAGAGAGUCAACAAAACGCGAAUUCCUAUUUUGUUUCCUUGACUUCGGAGCUAUGAAAGCAAACGAAUCUAUCAGAGUUCUAAUAUCUAUUGAUUUAGAGUUUCAAUCGAUGUUGACCUCAAGAACCUAUGGUCGUGGAUUGCUGAGAAAGUCCUGUUUUCAACCUCUGUAUCGCUGACAUUAAUUGUGAGUGAAACAGAUAUCUGAAGAGAAUUCUAAGAAGGACUAACACUGUAAUAUAAUGCGCAAUUGUGAAGAAACUGUCGGCGUGUAUUUAUCUAUAUUAGCCCAUGUACAGGUUCAAAUGCAAAGAAAACAAGAGGAAUGAUUACAGUAAUAUUUUUGCACCUCCAUGACUCUAAUAUGUCACAAGAGAAUUCAAUGAUUUGAACAGCACUACAAACUAGAAUAUACAAAUAAUGUCUGACAAUCAAGAGACAAGUAUUGGCCCUGCCGAUCAAAAAGCAAGCCUGAAAAAGCGAUCGAAACGUUCGUUAUCGAUUCCUGCUUUGACUACUGAAGUCCCCGCUCUAGCCCGCGGUAGUCGAGGAUCAAGGCACAGCAUCGAUAGUAUGGCUAGUCAGUCUGAAGGACAGAGACUCGCAGAUGGAAGAUUAUUGGUCCUCAAAGUCAUUGGAAAAAUUAAUCUUAGGAUCGAACGAAGGGAAUAUGAUGACUUAACAGGUAUUAUCAACCAAAUACCAGGUGAUGUUUUGUUUUUGAUCUUAAAUAAACUAAAUAUCGAGCGACUUUACCAAGACAUUCCGAGCAGUUUGUGCGUUAUUUCAGCCAUCUUUUCCAAGCUACAUAUUGACUCCAAGGAACGAUUUCCAAAGACAGUCCUUCGCAGCCAAGAUGUCGUCCAUCACCUUGUAAGAUACUUUUCUGAACUUCUAAAAUACAACGACCACACGUUUGCUAGUGCUCGCUCCAGGGACUGCAUCCGAAACAUCUUAAGUAUUUGCUUGAAGAACGAAAACGAAUUCAGUGAAAUGUUUUCUCAGAGAAUAGAACAGUUUUCAAAAGCUUUGGAAGGGUUUUCACAACAUACAUUGGUGGAAAUCGUGAGUCGAUCAUCUGCUAAGUACUGUAUGAAGCUACAUGAGGCUCUGAAGAUAGAAAUGGAAAGGGCUACAGCUCACUAUAAAAUGGCUUUACAAAAAUUUAACGAAGUUUUACAAAAUGUUCCACAUCAAAAUAUAGAUGUGACUCCAGGCACAGCAGCUGGUACAAGUGGUACAAAUAUGGACGAUGAGUUGGAAGAGAAAACAGCUGAGCAUAUGAGGCUGUUGACACAAAAGCUCAUUGAAGACAGGUUGUAUUUCAACCAGUCCAUAAUGAACGCUGUAGACAGAGGGUCCAAGGGUCAGUUAUCUGUUGCAAUGUUGACGAAUAAAUUGGAAUCUAGAGUCAAACAUGACAAGGAGGUCUUGAAGCUGAUCAGUCAAAUCAAGAAAGAGUUUAGGGUCAGUACAUCCGAUGAACCGAUAAUCCCAAUGCUUGAGCGCUUCCAGCGUGCUUACGGACUUGUCUAUCAGAUGUUACAAGAAUCAGUCAAAGGCGUUAGUCAAGAUGGGGAGAACACAUUUGUUCCUAAGCAGCUAAGAUAUUCUACUAUUAGUCUUAAAACCGAUGGAUCAAUGGAUGGCUUGGACGAAGCGGCUGGUAGUGAUACGGACAUGUUUGAGACAGUUACACAGCUCGGAGACGAAAUAGAUUUUGAUGAAAUAAGCUCCACGUUGAGUUCUACUGACUCAGACGGCGACCCAUCACGUGAUACAAACAGGAACCCCAGAUCGAGAAGAGUGUCUAGGGCUGUCAAGGACGAGUUAUUAAAGAUAAAGAAAACAUUAGCAGAAAAAGAAAAUGAACUUCAACAAGCACAAGAAAGAAUAAAAGAAAUGACGGAAAAAGAAAAAGAAAUGAGAGAUAGGCUUGCUGACCAAGCACAAAGGCAGCUUAGAAAAGGUGGGAAAUUCGAUGACUUGUCAGAAGCGGACUGUCGACCUUCAACACUGACUGACAGUUACGACAACUUGUACACACAGACAAGAGUGGAGGCGUUAGAUGAUCUGGACAACAUCGAAUCGUUUGAUCGGCUUGAAGAUGGCAAUGACAUUAAAGCCAAACUGCUUUUUAGCGUCGUGGUGGUAUCAUAUCGAACUGUGUACCGUUCCCUAGCGGAAAGACAGCAUCGGAUAAAACGUCUCCUAGACAUACCAGACAGCAGUAGCAACAGUUCGAGGCAUGCGCAAAGCAUACAGGAGGAAAUUAGCGUCUACCUAAGGCAAAGCGCAAGUCAUUUCAACAUCAAGAGCAUCAAAAGAGAAGUCAGUGCACAACUCUGGAAGACCUUAUACGAUUUCCCAGAACUCCAGAAAUGUAAAAAACUACAAGAUUUCAUAGAUGAAUGUGUGAGCUUAGCCUGGCGGAUGUCAGUACAAACACCACCAAUGAUCAUACACUACGAAACAACUACUUUGUCAGAAAACAUGCACACUCGAUUUUACACGUCCGAUAAGGAAAGCACAAAAAUAAAGUACCAUGUGUGGCCGGCGUUGAUUGACAGCAAAACUGGACACGUGUUUUACCGUGGAGUUGUGGUCACGUGAUGCAGUAGAUCAGAGAUACUGAAGACUACUUGCCGCCCAAGAAUGUUACAUCCGGCGAUAAAGCGUAGUGUUUUGAAACUAAAAAGAAUUUUGUUUGAUAUAGGGCUUCUCAGUGACAGUGACUUGUAGGUUACCCAGACCUCUCUCUGCUGCUUAAUAACUCUUUGCUAUUGUGGAAGUUGAAGUUGAACUAUAUCUUGCAAGUCAUUCUAGUUGUCUUCAUUCUAACAUAAGCCUUUCCGAGUCCCACAAACGAGGUGCAUUGUGGUCCAGCUUUGGAAUAAACAACAGCAGAAUACACCGCUGUCGCCAAAUAGAAUGGAUUACCUUAUAUCUCUAGAGUAUCACAGUGAUUAACACACAGCUUAAAAACAGUUCAAAAGUGUGCCAAGAAACUUUAUUUAUAUCACUUUAUUAUGACCAUGUGUUACGAUAUUUACAUUUUGGAAUAAUACGGUGGACACAAUUUCGUAAAAUACCGUUAUUCUAGUUUCUCAAUCAUUYUAUUAAUAUUUAUUGCUACAUCUUCCACCAACGGUCUGUUUUGCUGAAUCUUUGUAAACAGAUAGUGUGUUUCCUCAGACAGCUGCAAUAAAAUAAAUUGAACCACA